AUGAGCUUGAGCUCAAUCCGCAACUUCUUUCCUUCUACUGGCAUUGUCAAUUCUAUUAUCACUCAAAUGCACGAACGAGUUGCCCUUGCAUUCAGCCAACGUCCUGAAACCACUUCCCCAGAAAAUCGCCAGUACGACUAUUAUCCCAUUGUUUUCAUUUGGGCCAGUGGUUUUAUUUCUACAGGCCUUCUAUCGUUGACAAAGGAAGAUAAAUCAAUCGUGAUUCAGGCGCUCGAGCAAAGUUUGGCCAUUUGCCUCAAAGAAAACAUUGAAGGUUCCGAAGAAAUUGCUGCGCAAUUCGGCUCUUACUUUGUAAACGGCAACACACAUGGAUCAGACCUUGACACGAGUGGUUUGACCGGCAUUGUGUUAACUGCGAUGGAAACUGAAGCAUUCAAUAACAAGCGUGUAGCCCUGGGCCUCAAACCUAUAACUCGUUACUACAGGGAGCAGACAAUGUCUUUUCCCAUUCAAAGCCAACAAACUGGCGGCACCACGAUCAUUGAGAUUUACUUAGUAGUUGUGCUCGAUCAAUGA